GCAACCUCGUUUUCUUUUCGUCUGGUGCGACGUCUGAUCUCUCGAGUAUCUUUGUCUAAUACGACUACGUCUUAUGAAGAUAUCGUCGGUCUUAGUCCGGACAUCAGAAAUGUGCAUGCUGUACGUGUAUUCGGUGGUGGUAAAGUGAUUGUUUACUUGUCCGAAGGCGGUCAAUCUUGUGGCUCAAGCAAGUGGAUUCUACAGAGACACCACGCGACAAGAGUAUGGGCUUGGAAUAAACUGAAUAACACCAUCUUAGUCCCCACAAAUCACGCAUUGCAGUCGUUAUGGAAGAACACAUAUUAUCGGAUUGUAGUUGCUAUAAGUGAACGAAACAUUACGUCACUGGUCGGCUGGUCUCUGGACAUGCGCACGAAAAUGUGGCAACUAACGGGUCGUUUCGACAUUAAAGGAAUCGACGUGAAUGAUAGUCCUUCCUGGACUCUUCGAAAAAGCACACACAUGCAGGGAAAUGUGUGGCUCAUAGUGUCAGACAAAUACGCAACGUUGAUCACAUCAAACGAAUAUGUCCAACAGAUGGCACAUCGUUUACCGCCUAGAAUCCGCUUUUCAGUCGUCACAAUCAACUCGUCGUCUGCGUUGCUGUUUGGUGGUCUAACAAAAUCCUCUGACGUUCUUAAAGAUCUUUGGGAAUUUUCGUUGACACUUCGAACGUGGAAGAGAUUGGAAACUAUCGAAAACGAGUGGAACGUUCCAUCAGCUCGAUAUGAUCACACUGCCGCUGUUAUGGGUUUCGACAUGUUUGUUGUUGGUGGAACAAACGAUAGCAUGUUUUGCUACGACGAAGUGUGGAUAUAUAAUUUGAUUAAUAAUUCGUGGAGCAUUUUGAUAUCGAUCAAUAACGGUCCACCGUUUUCUCUCUUUGAUUAUUGUCAUUCUAAUGUAGUGGCUCGAGCCGGAAUGCUAUGGAUUGCUGCCGUAUUUCGGCGGCGUCCCUUUGGCAUUGAUGAUGGAAGAUUGCAAGUAUGGACGUAUAUUGUUCACUUGCAGACUUGGAGCUUGGUUACUGCUCAAGAACCGGAAAAUACGCCGCGCUACACAUUUUACAGUCUAACUUUUUGGCAAAACUAUUUACUUAAUCUGGGGCGUGACGAGAUGUUCUAUAUGAAGAUUGGUUGUCCUAGAGGAUUAGCGUCGAGCGAUAUUUCUCGUGUAGCGUGCGCCAAGUGCAACAUCGGUUUCUUUGUCGACGUUGGGUCGACGGAGUGCCGUCAGUGUCCGAGCGGAACGACGACGAGAGGCGAGGGUUCGUCAACAGCAAGCGACUGCAACGUCUGUGUUUCGGGUUAUUGCGUUAACGGCAGAUGUUUUGUGAUGAACGAUAAUUCGACGCAAGUUCCCGUAUGCCUGUGUACCGUCGGCUUCACCGGUUCUCAGUGUCAAUACGCAACGUAUUACUACGUUGGGAUGGGAAUCGUACUGUUUGUAGGUAUUCUUAGUGUUUCUUUUGCUGUGGUACGGCGCAUCAUAAGAAAACGAAGAGAACACGAAUCGGCUCUGCGUCGUCACAUAAAAAUAUUGAAUGACGCGUGGCAGAUCAGUUGGCAAGAAGUAAGACUGCAGAACGAAAUAGGAGGCGGAGCGUCGGGAAGAGUGUGGAAAGCACAAUACCGCGAUAUGGAGGUUGCUGUGAAAAUGCUAAUUUGUGAGGACGAUCCAAUAUCGUCGUUGGAAUUUGCGCGGGAAAUUAAGUUUAUGCAAACGAUACGUCAUCGAAAUAUUGUACUGUUUAUCGGAGCGGGUAAAACGAGUCCACAAGAGCAACCGUUUCUCGUCGUCGAGUUUGCGCAUCGGGGUUCGUUACGUCACGUACUGGAUGACGUCAGUAUUGAUAUGAGUCCGGAGAGUAAGAUAAGCUUUGCUUUGGACGCUUCAAAGGGAAUGGAGUUUCUUCACAACUUGGACCCGCCGAGGAUGCAUCGAGAUCUGAAGAGUGACAACUUACUGGUUAGUCGAAGUUGGAUUGUCAAAGUUGCUGAUUUUGGUUUCGGUAUUCCUCUUCGUGGUAUAAAACGACGGGAAACUUCAAGCGCAAAGAAGUCCUUGAUUAGCAACAGUUCAUUGAAUGUGCCACUGCUCGAUGUUGGAGAGAUAUGUGAGUAUGGUAUCGGGACGGUAAGGUAUCGAGCACCGGAGAUGUCUCGACGGCAGAGCUACGACGGAUCUAUCGAUGUUUACAGUUUUGGAAUUGUGCUUUGGGAGAUUUGGUCACGUGGUAUUCCGUUCGAGCAGUAUCGGUUUGGGUUCGAGGUUGAAGCGGCGGUAGAAAGAGGCGAGCGCCCCUUCAUUCCGGACGAUUGCCCGGAUGUGUAUGCCACCGUUAUGCGAGCUUGUUGGGCUGAACGUGCUCGCGGACGACCGUCGUUUAAUGAAAUUGUCAGCUGUCUGGACAAAUGCAUCUGAACGAUGUAUGCUGAAGUAGCUAUCAGCACGUAUACGUGUAACGACGCAUGCAGCAAGGCAUGAGGUAUAUGCAAAUAGCGACAUUUGAUUUCAUUGGCCUUACAUGUCUAAUAAAUUUGACUCUAGUAUACUAGUUUUUAGUUUAAGAAUAAAGGUAUUGUU